AUGAAAAGCAACUUAGAAGAUGUCAAUGAGUCAAUCGUUUAUUUAUCAACGAAAUAUGGCGUUUUGAAAGAAUUUCUAACACGUUAUGAAAACAAUCAUCUGAAAAUCUUUCCGGUUACAUCUGACAAAUCUCAACGGUGCUUAUUCGAAAUCGAUCUAAAUAACAUUCUUGCUAUUCAUAAUCAAUCUAUACAUGGUAUUUCUUUGAAAUGUCGGCUAUCGAAUGCGCCGCCAGCAAAUGUCAAUUGUCAAUGUUCAUUGAUUGUUGAUGAUCGCAUAUCGACGAAUGAAUAUGAAUGUGUUUUUGCCAGUGAAAUCGAACGUUCCGUUUGGAUACGUGAAAUUAUUAAACGAGAAUAUUCCUAUCAUCAAUUGAUUUAUCCGAAUUUUAUUUUAUUAAUGAAAUUAAAUGUACAAGAGGGAAUCAAUGCAGAAAAACAACAGGUUAUUGCCAUUGUCUAUGCCGGACGAUUCGUUCUUUGUUCAGAUACCAUCUUUGACGAAGUAGACUUGAGAAAAUAUUCAAGUUUAACUUAUCAAAAAACUCGAGAAUUUACUGGUGUGAUUCUUUGUCUUGUUUCGAAUCGAUUUCUUUACCUCUCAUCGCCGAUUAGUAAACUAACAAAUAUGUUAUAUUCGUGUCUACGUGAAGCUGUCCAGGUACGAACAUUGACAGAUAUAAAUCAACAGAUAUUAACAUCUCAGAACAUACCAGUGAUUGUCGAACGGUUCGUUAAUUUUAUUUUCGAACGCGGUUUACAAACAAAAGGCAUUUAUCGUCAAGCUGGACAAGAAUCAAAAGUGAGACAAUUAUUAAAUGAAUGUCUAGCAGAUCCAUUUACACAUCUGUUAUCACAUGAAAACUACAGCGAACAUGAUGUUGCCAAUGCUUUAAAACGCUUCCUUCGUCAUCUAGAUGUACCAUUACUCGGUACACGGCAAAGUUACCAUGCAUGGUUACGUUCAACUGUCGAUGAUACGAUGACCGAAGAUCAGCUAAUACAAUAUUAUCGAGUUUUGAUUAAAGAUCUCAAACAACAUCUACCGAUCAAUUAUGCAACAUUGAGAUUAAUGUUGAUACAUAUGCAUGCAGUUGCAGCGUUAUCUUCAAGAAAUGGAAUGACUCUAUCAAAUUUGAUAUCAACAUUUGCACCGUGUCUUAUUUCUCAAGAUAUUUCUGUCCCACUGGAUUAUAAAGAUAACCGAUUCGAAUAUCGAAAUAGAUCACUUGAUGAUCUGGAUAAAAGAGAUUCGGAAGAUGACGAAGAAUCAUAUUUAAAUCAAAACAACAGACGAACAUCUGCGAAUCUGAAGAGAAAUCAGUCAUUGCAUUCCAAAGCAUCUCGUCGUCUGUCGAUCGCCUCUGCAUCUCCUUCUCAAUUUCCUGUCUCAUCAGCUUACGUUCAUGUCACACCAUCUAUCCAAGCCAAUCUGAUUAUUCUCACGAACCUUUGUAAAUAUUACUGUGAAUUAUUUGAUAUAACAUACGAUGAACUUGAACAUGAGAAGAAUUGUAUAGAAACUCUAAUCUCAUUCCGUGAAAAUCAACUCAAUCCACGCCUGUUAGAUGGCGCAAUGAUAUCUGUUUAUUUUGAAUCUCGUUCCGAUGAAUUGAAUGGUUACGCUAUGAAUAUAUUCGAAGAAGAAACGACUGCCGAUAUGGUUGUCGAUAAGUUACUCAAACAAGUAAAUCAAAAUGAUUGUUUUUUCUGGUGUCUGUUCGAAGUUAUCAUUGAUCAAACUCUUGAACGACCAAUGUACUCUUGUGAGAAUAUCUCCGAGGUUCUAUAUCGUUAUCGAACAUAUCUCUCGCAUGAAUUGAAUCGUCAAGCAACAUUUGUAGUUAAACUCAAUUAUAUUCAAUUCGAAAAAGAACGUUUGGCGCAACGACAAUCUAUAGUAAAUAAUCAUUCCACUCAAUGUGAAUAUUUUGAUAUCACUAAUCAACGAUGGAUGCCAUGUUUAUGGAUCUUUGAAAAGGCAACACUUGAAGUUCAUCGGGUAGUAACAAGUGCAAAUGAAAAAUCGGUGAAAUGGAAAGGAAAUGUUAAUUCUCAAGAUUUAACUGCCAGCGUCUCGUUCGAUCAACAAACACUGAUAAAGUCUUGGUCGAUUGAAGAAAUUUAUCUUUACAUUGGAGCCGAUUGUCGUUUUGUCACUCCAUUUGAUAUGAAUGAAUAUCGAAUUAUGACUGUUCUACCUCCUGAAAUUCCCGAUGGAAAUUCUAGUCAAUUACCAUUUGGUUUUUCCUUCCGUUUUGCUGAUCGUAAUCAAAUGUUUUCCUGGUAUUUGGAGAUCGUGCGGAAUAAUGGUCACGACAAAUGGAGUCGUCGAGCAUCUCGGACAUUACCGAAUGGUAUCAGUUAUUUACCAUUACAAAAUUAUCAUGCCUCGUCAUCUGUUUUGUCGAAAAAACGUUCGAUUCCGAUGAAAAGCAAAAUUAUCUCGAAAACUUCUCAUGUGGCAUCGAAUUUUUGUAAACAGCUACGUAAAUGA